ACCAGAAUUAGUUCGCGAAAAUGUAAUAUACGCUUAUCUGAGGUUAUCAAUCAUAUUUUUAAUUAAAUUUCGCGGCAAACUAAUUCGAUAAAACAUAAAUAUUAUUUUUGAAAGCUUAUUUAUAUUGUGACGACCAGUUGCGUGGAAGUUCUUAAACAAGUUAUUUUCGUACGUCUGGAAAUAACGUUAGGUCGGUUACACAUUAUCUUGCCAGCUUUAUCAAAUUGCAUGAGUUUUACGCGUCAUCGUUUUUCACUCAUUAUCAGUACACCCUCCGGUACCAAGGUUUCCUGUAGUGCUCAACAGCGUAGGUGUUGAAAGCAGAAUAACGCUGCCGCUCUGUUUUUUUAAAUCUCAUAUCGCGUCAGAUUGUAUAGGUUGACAUUUUUUAUCAGUUGCACUGUUUUGUUUUAGUAGUUGCGUUUUGGUGACACGAAUCGGUAUAAUUUUUUGAGACUAGUGGUAGUUUUCAGGUAACGAGUAAUAACAAUGUCUUUAUCGGAUGGCCAACUACCGGGUGUACAUGUGUCAAACAGCAAUGAUACCUUCCCAUUAAUACCCACGCAAGGUAAUGUUGAAGAAAUACAAAUUCAAAAUUUUGAAACUGUUCCUAAUGUACCAGAGGCUAUCGUCAUCCAGCCAACCAGUGCACCAGAGGGUUAUUGGACGGAUCAACCACCCCUAUAUAACUGCCCCCCGGGCUUAGAGUAUCUGGCAACUAUAGACCAGUUGCUUAUUCACCAAAAAGUAGAACUGCUUGAAAUUAUCACUGGAUUUGAAACAAAUAAUAAAUACACCAUUAAAAACAUUCUGGGCCAAAAAGUGUAUUACGCCAUUGAAGAUAAUGAUUGCUGUACAAGAAACUGUUGUGGCCCUUUACGACCCUUCGACAUGAAGAUUUUUGAUAAUUUUAGGAAUGAAGUUAUCCACUUAUAUCGUCCAUUCGCUUGUCAAGGAUGCUGUUUCCCGUGUUGUAUGCAGACCAUUGAAAUUUCGUCACCUCCAGGAACCGUUAUAGGUACAGUGGAAGAAGAAUGGAAGUGCAUUGGUUGGAAGUUUGCGGUUAAAAAUGAAUUUAAGGAAACCGUUUUGAGAAUAAAUGGUCCCUGCUGUCCUAUUAGCUGUUUCAGUGACGUUAACUUUUAUAUUACUUCAGCCGACGGCGAAACAAAUUUGGGCAAAAUUACAAAACAAUGGACAGGUCUUGUCAGAGAAAUGUUUACUGAUGCUGAUAAUUUUGGCAUCACUUUUCCAAUUGACUUGGAUAUAAAAACUAAGGCCCUUUUGUUGGGCGCUUGUUUUUUAAUUGAUUUCAUGUUUUUUGAAAGGGCCAGCAACAACUAAUUUGUAGUUCGUGAUGUGUUGCUUGAACUUCAUGUAAUUAUGUGUUUUAUAAAACAUUUGUAUCCUAUAUUUUAUAUUUUUGUAA